AUGACCGCCCCGGACGCUGGUGUUCGUGUGCGCCAUACGGCUCAUGUGUUCAAAUGGCCUCCCCAGCACCACUGCAUGUCCGCCACGCGUGUCCACAAUGAAGAAAGGGACAUAAUAUUGGAAGCUCCCAAUCCGUACUGGGACCCGCUCGCAGAUUCCAACAAACGGCGUGAGACCUCCGUUGGCACUUCUCAUCGUUCCUUUGGCGUGCAGAGUGACUGGCAGCGCAUGUUUUUCCGCUAGCCAGGCUUGCAUCACAUUGAUUUCCGCACCUCCAUCCAGCAAUGCCUGAACCCUUUGUGGAUCCUCCAGUAUCUGGAUCCACGCCGCUAGAGUUCCACAGACAUAUAA